AUGGUCGUUCUUUCUGCCUCUUGGCUCCUCGCCGGGUUCUGCGUACUACCCCUCGCCACUGCCUACCCCGCCUCUGCCGAUACUUCCAUCGAGGACCAUAGCCUAUCUAGCUCCUUGUCAUCGUCUAGUCCCGAGUCGACGUCUUCAGGCGCGCUUCAUCCCGGCCAAGACAGACCUCGCUUCAUGUCUCACGAUACUCCGUCCGACCACUACCCUCUUGACUCUAUCUGGUGGCAAGCUUCCAGUCACCACAUCCCUCGCACGGUAGUCCUGGACAGCCGCCGACUCGCAGAGGCCAAGAGAAAGCUGGAAGAAGGGCAGGCGGAGGAGCAAAUCCCAUUAUGGCGCCGGAGAUCCCCUCGCUCCGACGACGCCAGGAGGAGUCCCCCGGGGGUGGAGGCGGCUUGUGCCGAGCCUAGAGAUUGGAGAUACGUAUCUUGGAGUCUUUCUGUUGAUCGCUGA